CGCGCGCGAGAACAAUAAUAAGAUCGUGUUUGCGGUCGCUGCCCGAGGAGGAAUUCGGAGGAGGCGCGAGGCCCGGAGCUCGCACGGAACCCAGCAAGCCCGGCGGGAAGGCGGCGGCGGCGGCCAGAGGCUGGCGACGCGGCUGCUGUGAACGGCACGCGGCGGCGGCGGCGGCGGGAUUCGGCGCGGCCGGACGCGUGCUCCCCUCCCCCGCAGCCGGGCGGGGAUCUGCCGGGCCUGCGGUCCCCCCGUCACCGCACACCCAGCCAGACGCCGCUCGCCUCGGCCGCCGCCUCGCCGCUUCCUCUCGUCUGAGCGGCAGCUCGAGGCCCGGCGCGGAGCGCGCGGCGCUGUCCGUCGGCCCGCACGGGGCGCUGCGGGAGGGGACGGCCUCUCUGCAUCUUCGCGGUGACGACCAAGGACGAGCGGGUAGAGGAGACGACCCGGGAUGGCGCGCCCGCGGCCCCGCGAGUACAAAGCGGGAGACCUGGUUUUCGCCAAGAUGAAGGGCUACCCGCACUGGCCCGCCCGGAUUGAUGAACUCCCAGAGGGAGCUGUGAAGCCUCCAGCCAACAAGUAUCCCAUCUUCUUUUUUGGUACCCAUGAAACUGCAUUUCUAGGUCCUAAAGACCUUUUCCCAUAUAAGGAAUACAAAGACAAGUUUGGAAAGUCAAACAAACGGAAAGGAUUUAAUGAAGGAUUAUGGGAAAUUGAAAAUAACCCAGGAGUGAAAUUUACUGGGUACCAGACAAUUCAGCAGCAGAGCUCUUCAGAAACUGAGGGAGAAGGUGGGAAUGCCGCAGACGCGAGCAGCGAGGAGGAAGGCGGUAGAGUAGAAGAUGGAAAAGGCAAAAGGAAGAGUGAGAAAGGAGGCUCAAAACGGAAAAAGUCCCGCACUUCAAAGAAGUCUUCUAAACAGUCCCGGAAAUCUCCAGGAGAUGAAGAUGAUAAAGACUGCAAAGAAGAGGAAAACAAAAGCAGCUCUGAGGGCGGAGACGCCGGCAAUGACACAAGAAACACGACUUCAGACUUGCAGAAAGCCGGUGAAGGGACCUAACUACCGUAAUGAAUGCUGCAUAUUGAGAGAAACCACAAGAAGGUUAAAUGUUUGAUUGUCUAAUUCUUGGAUUUGCUAUGAACCAACACAUAGUCUUUGUUGUCACUGACAGAACCCACCCAGUGUGUGUGCAUAGUCACAUUCCUCUCUGGUCUGAAGGAAAAAAAAAAGACACUUUGACCUUUUUUAAGGUUAUUGACUUAAUUUUAUGUUAUUCGGUUGCAUGAAGUUUCCCUUAACCACUAAGAAUUAUCAAGAUUUUUGCACAGACUUUUCCAUGUCUAAGCUCCUUUUCCAAGGCAGUUUUGAUCAUCAGCUUCCUGCCUCUACCCCACCAUCAUCAAAUACUCAGUUAAAUAGUAAUUCAUAUUUUUAGAUGACUACUCAACAUAAUACUUAAGGAUGGGAUUUUCUUUCUAACAGAACCCAAGAACCAACUCCUAGAUACAUACUGUUGGUAUAUUAGAGUGGAGUUAAAGUCAUCUCUCAGUCUGAAGGCCAUGUGUAAACUUUAACCAUACUGUACAGUUCCUGUCCUGUAUUAGAAGUAGAUAGUUGAAACUCACACUUCUCUACUCAUGUUGCUGUGUGCACAACCUGAGUGUGUAUGUGAACCUAGUGAGUCUUUUGUGUUAUACCCAAAUAAAGCAAGGAUUUAUUUUUUCCCAAUGCCAAUAUGAUUUGAGCUAAUCAAUCAAGGUAAUGACUUUACACUUGACAGCUGAAAUCAGCAAGAGCACUGUGGGAAACAGACAAAACAUUGACUCUUGAUACAGACUUUUAACAUAGACUUUUCUUUUGGAACUAGAAUUAGAGUAGUUAACUUUCAUCCACAAAUGAUUAUUAUGUGUACAUUAUUGUCGCUAUUGUGAUAAUAGAGAGUCUUAUUUAUUUUUAUGCCAGCUUAUACUGUGAGAACACAUCAGUCAGUUUGGGUUUCAUCCGCUCUGUUAUGCUUGUCCUUGGAACAUCUUCCGUGUAUGUUUGAGGUUUGUAGCUCAAAAGUUUACUGUAAAAAAAAAAAAUCAAAAACAACAAAAAAAUGUAUUGUUUUUACAGAAUAAAUUUAUUGGAAUGUAUACUGGGAGUAAGGU